GCGAUGGGCGGGGCCUGGAGGGGGCGUGGCCCGGCGGUGCCGCCUCAGGGCUCGGCAUGGCGGGCGCUCAGGGCUCCUUCAGCCUGCGCGAGGUCCUCGCCGCCUUCCAGGAGUGCGUGACGGAGCGGCGGGAGGUGCUGCUCGGGCCGUACCUGCGGGGCUGGCGGGGGCUCGUCCGGUUCCUGCAGGGCUUGGGCACUGUCUUCUCACUCAUCUGUAAGGACGCGGUGGCCAAGGUGCAGAUCAUGGAGGGCUACUGCGGCAGCGAGCAGCAGGACCAGUACGUCUCGCUGCAGUCCAUGGUGCAGCACGAGCUGGCCCAGGGGCUGGUGGGCUUUGAGCCACGCUCAGGGCGACCAGACUCCGGGUGCCGCACGGUGCUGCGCCUGCACCGUGCCCUGCGGUGGCUGGAGCUCUUCUUGGAGGGCCUGAGGACAGCCAGCCAUGAUGCCCGCACGUCUGUCAUCUGCACCGAGUCCUACAACGCCUCGCUGGCCGCCUACCACCCCUGGCUGGUGCAGAAGGUGGCCACGGCGGCUUUCUGCACGCUGCCGUCCCGCAACAUCUUCUUAGAGAGCAUGAACGCAGGCUCAGCGGACGAGGCUGUGGCCAUGCUGGGAGAGGCUCUGCCCUGCAUCCGCAAUGUCUACGACAUCACCCAGGAGCUCUUUGCCCAGCACGGGAUGCUGAACCUGCCCUGAUGAGAGGGGUAUCCAGGGGCUUUGCCAUGUUCCAACAGGAAUCAUGGAAUGGUUUGGGUUGGAAGGGACCUCAAAGCCCAUCCAGUUCCACCCCCUGCCAUGGGCAGGGACACCUCCCACUGGCUCAGGGGCUCCAAGCCCCAUCCAACCUGGCCUGGAACACCUCCAAGGAUGGGGCAGCCACCACUACUCUGGGCAACCUGUUCCAAAAUCAGAUGAACCAAGUGAAAACUGCCUGUUUUCACUGACGCACAAGUAUCUGUUUCUGUGUCUGUGGUUCCUUUCCCUUUCAUUUUCCUGUACGGAGCCAAUAAGUUGUCAAAGCUAUUCAGGAUGCUGCACUUUAUAAGCAAAAAAAUAUGCACCAAUUUUUAUCUGCACCUGUCUUCCUCUCUGCAGAGCCCCAGCUCUACAGAAAGCUAAAGACAGCAUUAGUGCUUAAGGGAUUUCUUUUUCCUUCCUAGAUUUACCUUCAGCUCUCGCGCUCGGCUGGGUUUCAGUUUCUCUUUUAAAGCCAAACUCUGCACACUUUGAGGCUCUCUGUGUUUACACCUGUAGGUGUGACCUUGUGCACGGGCACAGUUCCAGCUGUGGUGGCUGUUUGUACGGCACAGGAGCUCACUUUGCCACUUUUGUUUACAAGCUGUUCCCCUCCGUUAUCCUCUUACAGGAAGCUCCUUUCCUUGCAGUCACAGACUCCUUUGAUUACUGCUGCUGAUUCCACAAAGAGGUGGGUGUCUUUUCUUUAAGAGACAGCACUUCCUUCUUCCUUUUCCCAUGAAGCAGGAGCUUCCCUCUCUGCAGCUCCCCCUGCCCGAUAACCUCUGCUUCACACACCUUGGGACGUGCAGCAGUUUUUAGUCUGGACUCCACAAUCCCAUCAAUCCGGCUACAGCUGCAGACUGGACCUUGUCUGUUUUCCAGCCUCCCUUCUAAAUUGUGUUCUGGCAAUUUGGUUUUUUUAAUGAAUGUCAAAUGCCUACAAAGAUUUACUUUUCUGUCUGGGGAGAAACCUGGACUUGCACUGUAAGUCACUACUUCGGGGGCUUUUAUGGCUUCUACUGUAAAUCAAUGUAUCUAAUAGCCAGUGUGUGUAUGUAUAUAGAACAGUUUGGGUUGGAAGGGACCUUAAAGAUCAUCCAGCUCCAAGCCCCUGCCAUGGACACCUCCCACUGGAUCAGGGGCUCCCAGCUCCAUCCAACCUGGCCUUGAAGCCCUCCAGGGAUGGGGCAGCCACCACUGCUCUGGGCAGCCUGUAUAUAUACACACCAAAAUAUGUAAAAUAGAGCUUAUUUCUCUUUUUAAAAGCUGAAAACUGUACCUUGUUCUUCCAGGAGGAUAUGGAUGUUGGGGAGAGGAGGGAGAAUUCCACGUGCAUUGAUUGUAUCUCAGAUAGAAGGUAUUUUGGCCCAGCACAACGCAAUGAUUCAGGAAAUCAUUAUUACCUCAUGGAGAUUAAACUGCACAUUAAAUCACAUAAAUAACAUGCUUCUGAGGAGUGUUCUUUAUAGCAAUGUUUUCUUUCUUUGUGGUGUUGGGAAGAAGGUGACUUAGAGUGCUAUCUGACCAUAUCAUAGCAUCAUAGUAUAGUUUGGGUUGGAAGGGACCUUAAAGAUCACCCCGUUCCAACUCCCCUGCCAUGGGCAGGGACAUCCCACUAAAUCUCACCCUUCACUGUUUCAUUUAUCUGGUGAUCAGAAGUGAAACCAAGUGUCAGGAGUAACCCAGACCGAGCUCGAUGCCGUGUACUGGGCUCCUGUUCCCAUCAGUCACAUCUGACAACAAUAAUUUUUGCCUGGAGACAGGAAAUGGAAUUUCCUUGAACAUCCUAAACGGAGGUUUAGUUGCUACGCUGUGAAAACACAAAUAUCAUUCCCUUCCUGCUAAGACCACUUUAAAAUGAUUAACAUAGUUCCAUAGGGUAAAUAUAUAUAAUACAUACAAACAUCGCUUUUGGCAGUGUGUUUCUUAUGAUACACUACAAAUACACAACAAGCCGGUACGAUGCUAUAAACUUUGCAGUUCAGAGCCAUCCUCUUCUCUACAUUCAGACCUGACAGAAAAUGAUGACACAACCUCAAUUACUGCGCUGUGGAACUCAUACCUGAACCAAAGUCUGAACUGAAGUUCAUGUCAUAGUUCAGCAUGAGAAAAACAGAAAUGAGGCAGUA